UAUGAUUUGAAAAAAGAAAAAUCACAGUGCAAUGAAAUUAAAUUAGGGAUUCUGAAUUUCUGAUAGCAACAAAACGAAAGAGAAAACGCAUGGAAAGUGAAGCUCCAACAAUGGAGAAUAAUCCUAAAAUUUCAGCCUAUUACCAAACGAGGUUAGCGCACUUCGGCGUCGUCAGUACAGAGUGGUUAGCUCAGGCUCAAUCCGCAACAAACCCUCUUCUAUCAUCAUCAACCGAUUCAGAUACUGAUAAAGAUACCAAUUUCUCUGUAAUCGAUGAAUUCAACCGGUGGCGUAGUCAUCCCGAUUUGGCCGAAGCUGUUGCCGCAAUUCGUGCCCUUGCUGCUGUUAUCAGCUCUAGCAAAGCUUCUACUAUGAUGCAACUCGAAAUUGAACUCAAAAAUGCCUCUGAUACUCUUAAAGCAUGGGAUACAACCUCUAUCUCAUUGACAGCGGCAUCUGAUCUGUUUAUGAGAUACGUGACAAGGACCUCUGCUUUAGAAUUUGAAGACUUCAACUCUGCUAAAUCUCGCUUGAUUGAGCGUGCUGACAAGUUUGGGGAAAUUUCCUACAAGGCUCGCAAAAUUAUUGCAAUGCUUAGUCAAGAUUUUAUAUUUGAUGGUUGUACCAUUUUGGUUCAUGGUUUUUCCAGAGUUGUCUUUGAAGUUCUUAAACUGGCUGCACAUAAUAAGAAACGCUUUCGGGUCUUCUGCACAGAGGGGAGACCAGACCGAACAGGUUUAAGGUUGUCCCAUGAGCUGGCCAAGCUCGAUGUUCCUGUGAAACUGGUGAUAGACUCUGCAGUGGCUUAUACUAUGGAUGAGGUAGACAUGGUAAUUGUGGGGGCAGACGGAGUUGUUGAAAGUGGUGGUAUAAUUAACAUGAUGGGGACAUAUCAAAUUGCAUUGGUUGCAAAGAGUAUGAAUAAGCCAGUCUAUGUGGCUGCUGAAAGCUACAAGUUUGCUCGUCAUUACCCUCUGGACCAAAAGGAUUUGGUGCCGGCCAUACGACCAGUUGAUUUUGGUGUACCUAUUCCAUUGAAGGUUGACGUUGAAUGCUCCGCCCGGGAUUAUACUCCUCCUCAAUAUCUGACUCUGCUUUUCACAGAUUUAGGUGUUCUUACUCCAUCAGUUGUUAGUGAUGAGCUCAUCCAGCUAUACUUAUAAUCACAGCAUAUAAUUUUCGUCUAAUUUUUUUAAACGUUGGCUUAAGUUCAUGAUAGUUUCUCUUAUGAAACAAUUUUGUAAUACAAGUACGUGCGUUGGCAACUUCAGUAUCACUGGGGAUAGUUUUUUUUUAAUUGUAUUUGUUAGGCUAAGGUUCGAAGAAAUGCAAGGGCUGCAAGUUCAACCCAUAUAACUGAAUGUGAAUUAUAAAUAAUUUAGUUCAAGAUACACUUGGACACUAAA